AUGGUUUCGCUCAGGUUCAUCAGCCUCCUCGCCGUCGCCGGCCUCGUCGCCGCCAGCCCCGUGGCCGAGAUCAGCCCUCGCCAGGAUUCCACUCCGCUUCCCUGCCCCGCCUGGAACCCGGCCAUGGGUGCAGCCCCAGAUGGCCAGUACUGCUGCUGGUAUGCAUUUGACGUCAAAGCUUGCUGCAACCGCUGGAAAGGCAAGCCCGUCUUCGACGGCAUUCUUGACUGCGACAGCAAGUGGUGGGCGACUGGUGCCGGUUGGCAAGCCUACAGUAGCUGCCCCGGGCUGGACCCCACCAAGUGCGAGUCCAAGCCAUAA